CAAAUUGCUUGCAUUGACCACGCCGGCGACACCAACAGCGAACCGGACCGGACAAACAAAAAAAACAGACGCGACGAACCGGGCAAGGAAGAAAAAAGGAAGAACAGAGGCGGAGGCAGCGGAAUCGACAAGGACCAAGAAGAAAUCCCAUUCUCUCAUCCAGAAUGACCGUUUCCGCUACAGUGGACCAGUACACGGUGCUAACUGGGGACCGUUCCAAGAUCAAGGACUUGCUGUGCAGCCGAUUGACGGAGUGUGGAUGGAGGGACGAAGUACGCAUGAUGUGUCGCAAUAUUCUGCUAGAGAAGGGUACCAACAACAGCUUCACCGUAGAACAGCUCAUCACAGAGGUCACACCAAAGGCUCGCACAAUGGUUCCGGAUGCUGUGAAAAAAGAGCUCCUCAUGAAGAUCCGGACCAUUCUUACCGAAAACGAGGAGGAGGCAGACGAAGCGGAAGAUGAAUCCUAAACUAAAGAUCCUCGCUUUUCACACAACUACAGUAAUUAUUCAAGUUUAUUUGUACGGUUUUAUACAUAAAUCCCAGCCAGGGAAUGGAUACACAAAA